GAGAUUAGAGUUGCAGGCUCAUGUCUGUCAGAGCAGAGAGAGGACGAGAGAUAAGUGAAUCUCAUUCUAGUUCUAUGUGAGAGCAGGCGCGCCGGGCCGACUCAACUUUUAGAAUAUCAGGUCCGGGGGAACAAUUAACGAAGAGGCCACUAUAAUGAACUUUAAUCGCUUUAAUUAUAAUCUUUACGUUGCAAAAAGUGCCAAUUAUUUUUCAUGCUACGAGAGGUACCGGAUCCGGCCGAAUAGGUUCCGGAACGAAAUAUUCCAAUACGGAGAUGUGUACACGAUCCGGCUCAAAUUAAACACUGGUGAUGGGUGUAUGGUAGAGGAAACUGUUGGACAUUUUAUUAUAUUGUGAACUGUGUGAUUUAGGUAGGGAGGGUUUGUUUGGGUCAGACAGGUUGGAUGGGGUAGGGGGGUGAGGUUUGUAUGGAUUUAUACAGGUUUUGGUAACAUAAUAUAGUUGUGUAGGUAGACCGUGACCGGACUCACACUCCAGUACAGUAAGCGGCGGUGUGUGCAACUUUCCAGUUUGUUGCGAUCUGCCAAACAAAUGCAAAUAAGAACACGUAAUUUCCUGUUUCUCAAACCCGUAGUUAUAGUGACACUUGAAUAGAAAAUAAUUAUACAUUCUCCCACUAAUCCCUUUGCUCCCAAAAAUGUCUAAACUUCAGCAGCUCAAUGUGUUUCUCAACGACAAAUUAACAGCAGUUCCUUUGGAGAUAUCUAUAGUAGUUAAAAAAACGAUCGCAGAGUAUCAGGAAGAAAUAUCCCGUUUGGAACGGGCGAAUGCACGUCUACGAAGACUGCUGGAUUUGGUUUUCAAACCAGAGAUAAAGUUGCAUAGAUUAGCAGACCUCCAGCGGCUCACUGUCUCUGAAGAGAAGGUUAACUCGGGGCAGCAGGAGUGGAGCUCCUAUCUGGGGCCAGUGGAGUCUGAUACCGAAGAGUCUACUUGGAACUCUUUCAACAUCAUAACGGUAGAGAACCAAAAAGAAUCUGACGGCAACAGAGAAUCAGAAUCAACCAGUGACUAUCAGCCCCCCUCGGAAGUAAAUCCGGAAAGUGACAAUGAUGAAAGUAAAGGAGGAAAAGUGCAUGAAGUGGAGAAGAGAAUAUCUCUGUCGGGGUCAAAGAGACGACGAGGACGGCCAAGAAAAGAAACCAGUGAGUUGACGGAGCCGAAGUGUGAUGUGUGCGUACGAUACUUUGCGACAGCAAGUGGUCUGGAAAGGCACCGGCAGUUACGGCACAGUGAAGACAGACCAUACAUGUGCGAUACAUGUGGCCAGUGUUUCGCCUUAAACCGAUACCUGACCCGACACAUGAAGAUUCACACAGUGGAGAGACCACAUCGCUGCACGGUAUGUGGCAAACGUUUCUUUCACAAGGAAAGCCUGAAAAAUCACAUGGUUAAUCUGCAUACAGGGCUGAUUUUUAAAUGUGAUUUGUGUGGGAAAUGCUUGUCGACAAAAGGUCGUCUGAAACUGCAUAGGCAAAAUCACACUGGGGAAAAAUCGCAUCCGUGCAAAGAAUGUGACAAGGCUUUCUACUGCGAGUCAGACUUGAUAAAGCAUACGAGGACUCACACUGGGGAGAAACCGUUUCAGUGCAAAGAAUGUGGCAAGUGCUUCGGCGAGAAGGGAAGCCUGACAAAGCAUAUGAUGACUCACACACAGGAGAAACCACACUGCUGCAACGAAUGUGGCAGACGCUUCAACCUCAAGGGAAACCUGACAGUGCAUAUGAGGACUCACACGGGGGAAGGAGUUCAAUGUCAUUUGUGUGGAACUUACUUGAAGUUAGCAGCAAGUCUGAAGAGACAUCUGCGAACUCACAGAAUAAAUAUUGCCAAUGACUGAGAACACAUAACAAUGCACGUUGUGUAACAUGUGUUGUUGGAAGGUAGAGACUAUAUCAAGAGGACACCCCUCAGGUCACGGCUCUUCCUACAGUCUGAAAUCUGGGAAUCUGUUCAAUGGCCAUUUUUACGGAACACUAUCACGUUAUCAAAUUCCAAUAAACUAUUUAUUACGCCCUUUUUACAAACGUUACACUCUGAAGUCCAAGUUAGAAAUUUUCAGAACUGAAGAAGUCUGUGAAGAUAAAUCACAUCCCACAACAUCUGUUGUGUAGAUUUAGUUAUAUGCCUUCACCCCAAAAUGAAUGGAAAAGAUAAGAAACCAAAUCGAACCAGGAAAUUAGAUGGUUUUCAGCGGGUAGCCUAGUGGUUAGAGCGUUGGACUAGUAACCGGAAGGUUGCAAGUUCAAACCCCGAGCUGACAAGGUACAAAUCUGUCGUUCUGCCCCUGAACAGGCAGUUAACCCACAGUUCCUAGGCCAUCAUUGAAAAUAAGAAUUUGUUCUAAACUGACUUGCCUAGUUAAAUUAAAAAUACAUUAAAAAAAAUAUCUGAGCUGACAAGGUAAAAAUCUGUCAUUCUGCCCCUGAACAAGGCAGUUAACCCACUGUUCCCUGGUUGGCUGUCAUUGUAAGUAAGAAUUUGUUCUUAAAACUGACUUGCCUAGUUAAAUAAAGGUUAUAUGUAAAAAUGUCCAUUCAUUUGGGAUUCAAAUCUAAUUUCAUUUGUCACAUGCUUCGUAAACAACAGUGAAAUUCUUACUUACAGGACCUUCCGAACAAUAUAGAGAAAUAAUAAUACACAAUACACAUUUACAUUUAAGUCAUUUAGCAGACGCUCUUAUCCAGAGCGACGAUAAUAUGGGUUACCAGUACACAGUCGACUCGGUACUGGGAUGUUGUCAUUGUUCUUUUCAAGUCUGAAAACGUAUGACAAACUUUACUUUUCAGUGAAAUCUCUUUAAUUUCUAAGAAAUGUAAUUUAUGAUUUUUUCUGAUACAUGACAACUACUGUCAUAUGUCUGUUAACAAAGCUCUAAUGGUGUGUGCUGUGGUAAAACUUUACAUCAGGUUUGAAACACGUUGUAGUUUGUUGUACAUGGUUUUUGGCAAUAAAAUGGACAGAGCCCAGACAAAGGACAUUUUUUCAAAAUAUAUUGUUUGUACCAGAGAGCGAGCUUUUUAUUUAUUUUUAAUUUUAUUUUUAGAUGUAACCUUUAUUUACCUAGGCAAGUCGGUUAAGAACACAUUCUUAUUUACAAUGACGGCCUACCCUGGCCAAACCCUAACCCGGACGACGCUGUGCCAAUUGUGCGCCGCCGAUCUAGGCCAACAUAAUCAAUAAUUAUAGUUUAAGUUUUUUAUUUUUCAACAGAAAACAUUUUCAUUGUCUCUAUUUUAACAAACUAAACACUGUUGUGAAUCUUGAGCUGCCAUUGUUGAUUAAAGUUGUUCUUUAUAAUUUCAAAAUAAAAGUGUACAAUUAACUGGUU